UCAAAAUUGACGUCACGCAAGUAGUAUCAACGCCAUUUUGUAAGUGUCUACCAAAGUCAGUAUUUCUAGACACAGUGUAAUUUAUAAAAUUCGCAUGGUUUUGUGUAUAAUACUUAGUUAAAAACAUCUUAAAAACCGAGUUAACGUCUUAGGCGUUAAUUUCACACAGUUUAAAUAUGGAGGACAAGGCGUCAUUAAAAGAACUGGAUCAAUGGAUAGAACAGCUAAAUGAAUGCAAGCAAUUGACAGAAAACCAAGUGAAAACGUUAUGCGAUAAGGCAAAAGAGAUUCUAACAAAAGAAUCCAAUGUGCAAGAAGUGAAUUGCCCAGUGACCGUGUGUGGAGAUGUCCACGGUCAGUUCCACGAUCUCAUGGAGCUGUUCCGCAUUGGUGGACGCUCCCCCGACACCAACUACCUGUUUAUGGGCGAUUACGUGGAUCGUGGAUACUACAGUGUUGAGACUGUCACAUUGCUUGUUGCCUUAAAGGUUAGAUACCGUGAGAGAAUAACAAUUCUUCGUGGUAACCACGAGUCCCGUCAGAUCACUCAAGUGUACGGAUUCUAUGACGAAUGCCUUCGCAAAUACGGAAAUGCGUCCGUUUGGAAACACUUCACCGAUUUAUUCGAUUUUCUGCCACUCACGGCGCUAGUGGACGGACAGAUAUUCUGUCUUCACGGAGGUCUCAGUCCCUCAAUUGAUACAUUGGAUCACAUUCGCGCCCUCGAUCGCGUACAGGAGGUGCCCCAUGAAGGACCCAUGUGCGAUCUCCUAUGGAGUGACCCUGAUGAUAGAGGUGGAUGGGGAAUAUCCCCCCGUGGCGCGGGCUACACGUUCGGUCAAGAUAUCUCCGAGACGUUCAACCACAGCAAUGGGCUGACGCUGGUGUCCCGCGCUCACCAGCUCGUCAUGGAGGGAUACAAUUGGUGCCACGAUCGCAAUGUUGUCACCAUAUUCUCGGCGCCGAACUAUUGCUACAGGUGCGGGAACCAAGCCGCCAUAAUGGAAUUGGAUGAUGCGCUUAAGUACUCGUUCCUGCAAUUCGAUCCGGCCCCGAGACGCGGCGAGCCUCAUGUCACGAGGCGGACGCCUGAUUAUUUUAUGUAGGCUGUCUUGAAAGCCGUAUUCCCAGCAGAAGUGGUACAAGAUCGCAGCCACAUUGUCGUCCGAACGCCCCCGCAAACGAUUUAUUUACCCCAUACCCCAAAAUACCUCAACCGGGUCCCUUGCCCCGAGCUCGGCCAUAUAUGGGUUCAAAACACCUUCAAUCUCAUUUUUUUUUUACUAUUUUACCAAAAUAUGUAUGUAAAUUUUUUAUCCUCAGAAAAACUUUAUUUACCUUCAAAAUUUUGUUUUCAGGAAUUUUUAUACUAUUACCUUGUUUUCUAAAAAUUGUUUAAACCAAUUAAAAAUACAAAAAUUAUUAUAACAUGCUCCGUUUCAUUUAAUGAGAUACUUUCAGAAUUGUCUGCUAAAAGGUCACGUGUUUUCUUUAUGCAUUUUCAAUACCAAAGAGGUGUGCCGUUUUUUCUCAAAUAUUUGUAAUAGGGCCAAAGAAAAAUGUGGUUUAAAUUUGCUCUUUACCAUAAUGAAGCUUUAUAAUUAUCAUUUUCGGACAAAUAUACUCGAAAAGGAUCUCUGUAAAAUUUCUGUUUUUUUUUCUUUGUCUUUGUUUCGAACGGUAUUGUGUUAAAAUGAUAAAGAACACACAUAAUCUUUUGUCUUUGAAUUGUCAUAGACCAUUGGAAUUGUAAAUUACUAAUAAAUACGCGUUAUACACUAAACGCGUGCAGUAGUUGUAACAAAAUGGCGGGGGCGAUAUUUUAAUUUACCAGUGCGUAGCUUAGACUUGCCUUGCGUUAUGCUGGUAUGUUCAUUGAAUUUUAUACACGGACGGACAACGCGACACAAUUGUAUGUAUUAUUUAUGUAUCAAAUACAAGUUAGAACUCAUUAAAAACAUUUUAUAAAA